AUGGUCGUAGACGCCUCCAUUUACGAGGAGUGCGCACAAAUAAUAUCUAGUUCUAAUUCUGAAAAUACCAAUAACGAACAAGCCGUGGACUUAGUUCAGAACUUCCCGAACGAAUUCUUUGCCACUUUACUAUCAGCUAAUCCCCUACCGGAAUCUACGCUUAGUCUUAUCAAAUUCGUAAUCCUCUCCCUCGAAGGAGAAUUCAAACAACUCGCUCAAUCUGCUCUAUGCGACACUUUCAGCGUUUUAGACCUCCCAUACGAGGAUGCAGCCAUGGGUUUGAGAUUGAAAUUAAAAUCCACGCUCCCAGAUGACCAGAAUGCCGUCAAGAUGCAACUCGAUCAAGUAUCUACUCAAAGGAAACCACUUUACGAUUUAGUCAGAGCUUUAAUUAUGGAGGGUUAUCUCAGUUCUCAGAUGCUCUCACAACGCAUCGGUGCAUCUGGUUUGAGCCAACUUGGUCUCAUCGGCGACCCUACAAUCCACCAGCGUAAGGAAGCUAGAGCCAACACCGCGGCUAUAUAUCGCCAGCAUCGUUUUAACUUGCACAGAGAAGUUGCAGAGGGUUUCGCCAAGAUGUCGACUCUUAUUCUCAGCUCAAUGGGUGAUGGUGAUGCUGUUGGCACAAUAAGGAGUAGUGAAUACAUCGAAGCUGAAAAAAGGCGUGCUUUUCAAUGCUGGAUUGGCAUUGAGAAGCUCAUUGGUUUCUUCGAUCUUGAUCCUCUUAGAGCUCUUUCAACAAUACUGGAUAUAUUCUCCUCAUCAAUUGCAUCUCACUGGCGGUUCUUCUUGGCUCUGCUGGAUUGCUCACCUUGGAGACGUAAGACUAAUGAACAGGAGAUGCAAACGGAUAUCACGCCAGGUAAAUAUGAAAAUUGGGACUUUAAGGACAUUAUACAAGACGCAGAACAAGGUAGAAGACAACCACUUAAUCAAACACGGAAUACCAACGGUAAUUCUUCACUGGAGGCUAACCUUGUUAUUGCUCAAGUGUUAGGUUUCCAGAUGAGAUACUACCAGAGGAAGCAAUCAGAGAAGAACUCUGAUAGCUGCUAUCAUCUCUGUGCUCUGUUGAUACGUGAAGACUACGUUUCUUUGUUGGAUCUACUCCCACAUUUACAUCCUGACGACAAGACUUUGAAUGAUUUAAAAAGUAUCUACAAGGACACCCUCAGUGACAGGCUGAUGUCAGCUAAAACUACAAACAACAAGCUGGCGAUGGCUGCUCCACUUAGUGAUGAUAUGCCUACUGCAGCCUUGAACGAUAACAAUAGUUCCAAGGAGGAUGAGAAGGAUGAAAAGAAGGAAAAAUCAAGUGAAAAGGAUGAGAAGCCUUUUGAGCCACCGAUGCAGAAGGUCUGUCUGAUCAUUUCCUUGCUCAGUGUUGGUGCUCUGAAGGAGGGAUUCUUUUUACUAUCACUUUACCCACACAUCCCUUACAUUUACCCACGCAUUAUUGACAUUAUUUUGAGGAUAGCAGAGUAUUCAAUGGAACCAGUAUAUGAACCCAUUUCAACUAGGACAAAACGCAAGAUUGACAAGAAGAUUGGUAAUACUAAGCAAUUUAGCUGCGAAGCUCCGACACCAGUUGCCAGUGAAAAAACCGAACAUGUAUUCUAUUACGACAAGUGGACUGAGAACGUCCCACAAGUACACACAAUUAAGGAGACGUUGACCGUUAUAGACGGAUUUCUAAAAUUUGUGGGACCAUGCUGUUCACGUAAUUCAGUCUUUUUUCAAAAGCUACUGCGUUUAGCCAGUCACGAGUCGCAGAAAGCUAAAUCAGAAACAUGUUUGGAACCUUGGAUUAGUAUGACAAGAAAUUACUUCUUACCAGGUUUGGCAUUGUCAAUCUCGAGCAAUACAUUAUCGAUAGCCUUGUGGGAUCUCAUGAAGCGCUUCCCACUCCACACGCGAUAUCAACUUUACGGAGAGAUGAGAGGCUCUACCUUGAAAAGACUUCCUGAAGUGAGGGUAAAGUAUUUGGAAUCUGAACGCGAUGCGAAGUCAAUUUUACGAAGACUCAGUUCAAAUAAGGCGUAUUUGAAAGUACAAGGCCGAGCAAUAGGAAAGAUAUCGCAUACCAACCCAGUUGCAUUGUUUCAUACAGUUUUGCAGCAAGUGCAGUCAUAUGAGAACAUUGCACUACCAGUGAUUAAUGGUCUUAAUUACUUGUCGGAGUUGAGCUACGAUGUGUUUACUUAUACGUUACUAGAUUUCUUCACUGAUCCUGCCAAGGAGAGGACCAAAUUGGAUGGUACAAACGCUUCACUUUGGCUACAAAGUCUGGCAACAUUUACAGGAGGUUUGUUUAGAAGACAAGUCAACUACAUGGACCCUUCACCCUUGCUUAUGUAUGUCGGACAUGAGUUAAAGAGAUGUCACGUAAAGGAUCUCAUCAUAUUCAGAGAGAUAUUGAAAGAAAUGUCAGGCAUUCACCCACUAUCUGACCUUAGUGAUGAUCAGAUUAUCGCUCUUAGUGCUGGUCCAUCACUCAAAAGCGAAGCCAUUCCUCAUCAAAUGGACAGCGAGGUUGCCAAGUUUAUAAAGAAGUCAUCGAAGAAUUUGAGACAUGCUCUUCAUACCUCCAAUCUCACCAUACCUAUGCUCGUGCUUAUAGCGCAGCAACUUCAGGUCUGUGUAUAUAUGGUGCCUGAAAGCGAGGCCCACCCUAAACAUCUGUCAACUUUGUAUGAUGAGACGGUCGGUGUUUUGCUGCAGUAUAUUGCCUUCCUCAGGGCCACUCCACCUCUCCAAAAUGAUCCUUGGUCGACUUACGAAGAUUCACUACCGUCGUUUGAAGAUCUUGUCAAUAAGUUUGGACUGGAUAUUGGAGUUGCGUUUGCGAUUAUUAGGCCAAAGGUAUCAGGUGAAAUCUACGCGUACGAGAAGCAGAAGAGAAUUGAUGAUGAUGCCGAGAAGGCAAAAGCCAAGGAAGCGACUGACAACGAAGGUCAAUCUGAGCAAGUCAUGAUGGAGGGAGAUAAAAGCAAACCAGAAGCAGAUGAUAAGGGAGGUGAUGUAAAGAUGGAGACAGAUGUUACUUCGAAAGCACCAUCAACGCCACCAAGUACCAAGGAUGUGUGGCAUCCAAUGCUUUCUGGAUUGAUUUCACAAAUGAGUCAUGUCCUGAGUGACAAAAUCAAGCAGGCGCUUUCACCUGCAUUCGUGACGACAUUCUGGCAGUUAAGCAUGUAUGACAUUUCAGUGCCGAUUGAAAGAUAUGGUCAAGAAUCAGCUAAGUUACAGAGUAUGGCUAAGACCCGUGAGUGGUCGAUGGUUGAUAAGGAAACUGGAAAAAGCAAAGCUUCUACUGUUCCCGCUAGGAAGGAUGCGCUAAAUAGUGAUAUGCAUGAGCAUAUGAAGGUUUACGAGGCUACGAAAAAGCGCAUAAGUAAUGAGAAGCAACAUUGGUUUAGUGAUGUUAAUGCUAGGAGGAAUUCGUCCAUCAACUUCUAUAUCCAGUACUGCAUCAUGCCACGUGUAGUACUCAGUCCUGAAGAUGCGCUUUAUUGUGCGAGGUUCUCGAAACUUAUGCAUAAUUACGGCGUACCUUCUUUCCCGACGUUACUAUUCCUGGAUAGGAUUCUCUGCGAAAGUCCUUCAGCUAUUUUGUCAUCAUCUACCGAAAACGAAGCUAGAAAUUACGCUCGCUUCUUGACAGAAAUACUGUCCGAUGUUUCUGCUUGGCAGAAAAACGAGGAGGCAUACAACAAAGGCGCAAGAGGUACAGGUGCUCAACCAUUACCUGGUUUUCGCAAGAGUUGGGAUGCUCAGAGCAACGUUUUACUCACCUACGAAGAGUUCAAGAAAGCGUUCAGCAAAUGGCAGAGCAAGUUACUGAAUGCAUUUACAGCAUGCGUCUCUUCUGGUGAAUACAUGCACGUACGGAAUGCUGUGAUAGUAUUCAAUAUCGUCAGCGAGUUCUUCCCAGAAUCGCAUAAGACUGGCGAGAGUAUGUACAAUCUCGUCAAGGAAUUGGUGUCAAACGAAAAGAGAAACGAUCUCAAGAUUCUCGCCCAAGGAUACCUUGCUCAACUUAGCAAGAGAAGACACUCAUGGGGAGGAGCUGAUCCUGAGCCACACAAGCCCAUUACAGAAAAGAAGCCUGAAACGAAAUCUUCUGCACCAGCGGAAAAGACUAAAAUUGUUGAGAAUAAAGUUAGAGAGACUAAAGUUGAUGAGUCUCCAGAGACUGCUGAAUCAACAAAACCAGUUAAACAAGCUGAGACAGUUGAACCAGCUUCAACAGAAGCACCAGCUGCACCCGAAAAUACAGGAAUAGGCCAAGAAGCCAGCUUGAGGGCUCGCAUACAGUCACGCACAGAACCUCCGAAAGAAGUCAGCAUCAAGAGGGACAGAGAGAAGGUAGAUUCGCCUGCAACGACACCAGCACCUUCGCAAGAUGAUGAUCGUCGUGAAUCACAGCCAAAACCACCCCAGGGUCCCAGAAAGAGUGAUUCAGCUCGCAAUAAUGGGUUACCUCCUAAGCCAGGUUCUGAUACAACGAGGCAGAAUUCUGAAAGAACACCCCAGCAAUCCCAAAAACCACGCUCUCCUGUACAAUCGAGCGGUGCUAGCACAAGAAGAAGAUCACCGCCACCUAGCAGACCAGAUUCGCCAACGUCCAAUGUGCCACCUUCUGGACCACAGAGUAUAAGAGGCAGAGCAGCAGCAUCGGAGAAAGCAGGAGGCGGCUCAGCCUCACUGCUUAGUCGUUUCGAGCCUGAACAUGAACGUAACGGGCGUAGCGGAUCAGGUGGGGGUCGCAACAGAAAUAGGUCACUUUCACCGCCACGAGGUGGUCGCAAGUAUGACCAACGUGAUAGGCGUGAUGGGCGCGAUGAGCGUGAGGGUCGCGAUGCUCGGGAUAAUCGUGAAAAUCGUGACAAUCGUGACAAUCGUGACAACCGCGAUCGCCGCGACCAACGCGAUCAACGUGAUUCUCGUGACUCUCGCGAACAGCGUGACCAUCGUGAUAGAUAUGAGGAUGAUAGGUCGGGGUAUAGCAAGCGUCGCAGAGUAGAAAAUGAAGACAGUGGCCGCGGUGGUUCUGGUAGAUACAGAAAUGAAGAAAUGCGCAAGUCACAUCAAUACGAGGACCGAGCAAGCACUAAUAGCAAACGAUCACGUAAUGAUCAAUCUCGAGCAUUCGAGUCUGCAAUGUCAGUAGCUGGCUCGGGUGACGACUAUCGAAGGAAGCGCGGUGACGACAGAGCGAAUGAGAAAGAAAGGGAAGUGAAGCGAGACCAGAACUAUAGGAAGAAAAGAGCAGGCUAA